UUUCUCGUCACCCACAUUAGGAGGAAUUACAACAUUUUGAGAUAGGUUUAACAAUCUUAGGUUGGAACAAUUUGUAAGUGUAGUUGGAAUCGAUGACCUCUCGUUUGCGUAGACGGUCGAGAGGAGGUAACCAGCCGGAGAGUGUUUGAGGAGAGGUUGAGUUCCAUGAGGAAUGUCAGGUUCCCAAGGUAGGGGGAGAUAGUGCCCGACAAGCCUUGCCGGCGAAGGUCUAGGAACAUAAGAGGCCGUUUCACUCGCAAAAGGGGAUGCUUGUGUUCCAUGAGCUCAAGGCUCUAUCUGGAUCGCUGGUGAUGACCUUCUUGAAUUCGAGCAAAGAGUGCAUGGCACUGUCCGCUGAACCAUGGAUUCGACUCCAUGACAAAACAGCAGCAGUGCAAACAACACAAGCAUGUCAUCCAGCAAAGAGUGCAUGUCAGUCACAAGCUGUGCUCAGGACGGCCAACAGGCUUAAAUCCGAGGUGUGCCGGUUUGUAGGUACUUCUCUAAGAAAUUGAUUUCAAUGAGUUUCUUGAUCUGCUAGGAUUCGAUAUUACUCUACCUUGAAUUUUAAAAAAGACCAAGUAAUCUCUCUUCGUGAUCGAAAAAAAAAAAACAAGCUGUGCUCAGCUUGAGCAUCCGCAAGCAGGUGUCCAAUACCUGUAAAACGUCGAGCAUAAUUAAACAUUCGAAAAUAAGUAGGGUGAAAAAAACAAGAAAUCAUCUCAAGAGAUUGUCACCUUGGUUCUUCAAAUUGGUAACGGUGCCGUGCCGAUCGAAGCCAGUAUGUGUUGUCAGCUUGCGUGUUGCAACUCGGAUGGUCACUUGCUCAUUUGCUCAGCUCUGCCGCCGCCUAAGACUGGCUCUGCAUGCUCGUUGCGUCCACACACUUCCCAUUCGUUCACUCGCUGUCCCGCUCGCCCCCGUCUCUCCUCCAUCCGCGGCUGCGCGAGCGCGCACCGUCUCCUUCCCUUGCCCUGCUUCCAGUACGCGACGACCAGGGCAACGACGGCCGCCCUCGCGGUGGCCGCAGGGCACUGGCGGUUGAUGGGGUCGCUGAUCAACAUCGAGGGGCUCAGGUUUGGAGUGGUUGUGGCACGAUUCAACGAGGUAGUGACAAACUUGCUACUGUAGGUAGCUCUGGAGACCUUUCAGCGGUAAUCCGUCAAAGACGAGAACAUAACAGUUGCUAGCGUUCCUGGCAGCUUCGAAAUUCCUGUUGCGGCACAAAAGCUUGGGAAGUCUGGUGGCUUCGACGCGAUUUUGUGCGUUAGUGCUGUGGUACGCUUAGCCUAUUUUGUACGCACAUCUUAGCUUGUAUCCAGAAGUUCUAUUUACAAAGCUAUACAGAUGGUUGGCUCUUUAGGGGAAAUUUUUUAUCAUAUAUGUCAAAUAAUGAGCAUGAAUGAUAAUUUUUCUAUUUGG